ACGGUCGCCGCCAGCUUGAAGACGUUCUCCUCCACGGGCCCCGGGCCCGCGGCCCCCGCCCCCUCCUCGGAGGCCCCGCUCCGCAGCCGUUUACAUGCGAGGACGAGCGCCUCGGCGGGAUCCGCGCCGCGCUUCCGCCUCACCCGCAACACGGCGGGCGCCGCACCAGCCUCCAUCAUGGUGGGCUUACUGGCUUUCCCAGAGCAUGCCGGGAUUUCUCUUUAGCCCCGCCUCCGACGACGACACGUACGUGCCUCCUCACCGGCCCCCUGGUAGGCGUGGCCUCACGAGGCAGGGGGCGGGACCUCCAGUGAACCUUAGUUCGCCCCUACCGACACAUGCUUUUGGGCCGUCUGGUUGCGGGGAGAAGAUGGCGCUGGCGGCAGCGGCGGGUCUCGAGGACGAUGGCCUAAUUGGCACCAUGAAGGUCUUCUGUGGGCGAGCGAACCCAACAACAGGCUCAGUGGAGUGGCUGGAGGAGGACGAGCACUAUGAUUAUCACCAAGAGAUUGCAAGAUCAUCGUAUGCAGACAUGCUGCAUGAUAAAGACAGAUGCCAAGGACUUUGGUCCAAUAACUUUUCUGGAUUGUCAGAAGCUAUGGCUGCUGUGAAUGCUGGGAAUGUGAAGUAUUAUCAGGGCAUUCGGGCUGCUGUGAGGAGGGUGAAGGAAAGAGGACAGCCAGUGAUAGUUCUGGACAUCGGAACUGGCACAGGACUUCUGUCAAUGAUGGCAGUUAGCGCUGGGGCUGAUUUCUGCUAUGCCAUUGAGGUUUUCAAACCAAUGGCUGAUGCUGCUGUGAAGAUUGUGGAGAAAAAUGGCUUCAGUGAUAAAAUUAAGAUCAUUAAUAAACAUUCUACUGAAGUCAGUGUGGGGCCAGAUGGUGACAUGCAGUGCUAUGCAAACAUCCUGGUCACUGAGCUGUUUGAUACAGAGCUGAUAGGGGAGGGUGCCUUACCCUCCUAUGAGCAUGCCCAUAAGAAUCUUGUAGAGGAAAACUGUGAGGCAGUGCCCCACAAGGCAACUGUAUAUGCCCAGCUAGUGGAGUCCAGAAGAAUGUGGUCCUGGAAUAAGUUAUUUCCUGUUCAUAUCCAGACAGACAAUGCUGAGAAAAUUAUUGUUGCUCCCUCAGAAAUGGAGAAUUGCCCUGGGGCUCCAUCAGUCUAUGAUAUUCAGCUGAACCAGAUGCCACGGGGUGACUUCACCAUCCUCAGUAAUGUACUGACGAUGUUUAGUGUGGACUUCAGCAGGCAAGUGAAUAGCUCACCAACCUAUCACACAAUGCAGUUUGAACCUCUCGUGUCUGGCAGAGCCCAGGUGGUUCUGUCAUGGUGGGAUAUUGAUAUGGAUCCUGAUGGGAAAAUAAAGUGCAGUAUGGCACCUUACUGGGUGCAUUCUGACCCUAAAAAUAUCCAGUGGCGAGAUCAUUGGAUGCAGUGUGUCUAUUUUCUGCCAAAUGAAGAGCCGGUGGCUCAGGGUGAAUCCCUCUAUCUGAUUGCUCACCGGGAUGAUUAUUGUGUGUGGUACAACCUUCAUAAAACCAGGAUUGAAAAAAGCAAGAGUAACUUCCACGGAGAGCGUCCAGUCUGUGAAUGUCAAGCCCAUUUGCUCUGGAACCGGCCACGAUUUGGAGAACUGAAUGAUCAAAACAGAACAGAACAAUACAUGCAAGCGUUGAAGAAGGUAUUGAAAGCAGACAGUAUUUGUCUCUGCAUCAGUGAUGGCAGCCUCCUUCCAAUACUGGCUCACUGUGUGGGGGCAGAACAGGUAUUCACAAUAGAGAACUCGGCAGUGUCAUAUCGACUGAUGAAAAAAAUUUUUAAGGCUAAUCACCUAGAGGAUAAAAUUAGUAUAAUAGAGAAGCGUCCUGAAUUACUCACCUCUGCAGAUUUGGGUGAUAGAAAGAUCUCUGUUCUUCUUGGGGAGCCUUUCUUCACAACCAGUCUGUUGCCAUGGCACAGUCUGUACUUCUGGUAUGCAAGGACAGCUGUGACCGAACAUCUCGCUGACAGCAUCAUAGUAUUGCCACAAGCUGCCUCCUUGCACAUGGUGGUUGUGGAGUUCAAGGACCUGUGGCGGAUCCGAAGCCCGUGUGGUACCUGUGAAGGCUUUGACGUUCACAUUAUGGAUGAUAUGAUUAAGCACUCAUUGGACUUCAGGGAAGCCCGGGAAGCAGAGCCUCACCCUCUCUGGGAGUACUCAAGCAGAUGCUUGUCAGAGCCCCAGCAGGUUCUGACCUUUGACUUCCAAAAGCCUGUCCCUCAGCGGCCACUUAGUGCCAAAGGCUCCGUCACCCUGCAAAGGCCUGGAAGGAGCCAUGGGGUGGUCCUUUGGAUGGAGUACCACCUGACUGCCGAGAGCUCGAUCAGCACAGGCCUCGUCCAGAGGCCUGAGGCCCAGGGUGAGUGCUCGUGGAACCCCCACUGUAAACAGGCUGUUUAUUUCCUUAAUUCUACUUUGGAAGCAAAAACUCAAGACAGUCCCCAGAUUGUCACCUAUGCCCUUGAGUUUAACCCAAAGGUGGGUGAUAUUUCCAUGGAUUUCAGGCUUGUAAGCUAAAAUUAAUCUGCUCUCCUGGACCUUUUCAGUUACAGAGAAAUAAAGUAGCACAAGAGCUGUCA